AUGAGAUUCACCCAGCCUCGCCCUUUUCAUCGACUCGCACCCCGGCUUGGAGAUAUGAGAGUCCUAUGCGUGGCUGAGAAGCCAUCCAUCUCCAAGGCUGUGGCCGGCCAUCUCUCUGGAGGAUCCUUUGCAACAUACAUCAAGAAUUACGCGUUUGACUUUGACUUUGGCCAGCAAUGGGGAAGCUCAUCCGUCACCAUGACCUGCGUUACAGGCCAUCUCACCAACGUCGAGUUCACCAAUGAGUACAAGAACUGGAGUCAUCCGCCACCAGAAUCACUCUUCACUGCACCUAUUGUGAAGAAUGUCCAUGAUGACAAACGAGAUAUCGCCAAGAAUAUAGCAGAUCAGGCCAAAUAUGCUCGUCUGCUGGUGAUAUGGACCGAUUGUGAUCGGGAGGGAGAACACAUUGGACAGGAGAUUGUCGACGCGGCAAAGGUGGGCAACGCUGCCAUCCAAGUAAAGCGUGCCAGAUUCAGCAAUGUGGAACGAGCACAUGUGUUAGCGGCUGCUAGACGUCUUGUCGAAUUAGACGAGAAGCAGGUCAAUGCCGUUUCAGCAAGAAUAGAGCUGGAUCUUCGCAUUGGAUACGCGUUUACGCGAUUCAUAACAAAUAACCUCAAGCCUCUAGGCGGACCUCUGGCCGAGCUGGUUCUGAGUUAUGGAUCAUGCCAAUUUCCAACUCUGGGAUUCGUGGUGGAUCGGUAUUUUCGCGUCAAGAACUUUGUCCCUGAGCCGUUCUGGGGCAUCUCGUUGACACACAACAAGGAGGGCAAGCAAGUUCGCUUUUCCUGGGCCAGGAACCGUCUCUUUGACAGAAUGACAGCUGUGUUGCUAUACGAGAGAUGUCUCGACGCAAAAAAGGCCAAAGUCACCAAAGUGCAGGAAAAACCAACUCGAAAAUUCAAGCCGUUGCCUCUCACCACCGUUGAACUUCAAAAGGCAGCCACUCGCUUGCUGCGAAUGUCUGGUCAGCAGGCCAUGACGGUAGCAGAAGGCCUCUACAACAAGGGAUUCAUCAGCUACCCGAGAACAGAAACCGAUCGCUUCGACAAAGGCAUGAACUUGAGAGCUCUAGUUCAAAAACAGACGACGGAUCAACGCUGGGGCCCUUUCGCCCAGGGACUCGUCAAUGGCGGCUUCCAACAACCAAGAGAGGGGAGACACGACGACAAGGCUCAUCCACCUAUCCAUCCCAUUGCGCAUGUAGCACCAUCUGUAUUGAGCUACGACGAAGGACGGCUAUACGAGUAUGUAACACGUCGAUUCCUCGCAUGCUGCUCCGAAGAUGCCAAGGGCAUGGCAACCGAUAUUGAACUCCAGUUUGGAGAUGAGUACUUCAGUACACGGGGAGUCAUUGUACUUGAACGUAACUACCUGGAUGUCUACGUAUACGAAAGCUGGAACAACACCACAGAACUUCCCAAAUUCACCGUUGGAGAGCAAUUCGAGCCCUCAGAAGCAAUGAUGACAGAAGGCAAGACGUCACCGCCAAACUACCUCACCGAAGGAGACCUCAUUGCGCUCAUGGACGCCAACGGUAUCGGAACCGACGCCACCAUGGCGGAGCACAUCCAAAAGAUCCAAGACCGAGAAUACGUAGCGACAAUAAUGAGGGGAAACGACACCGCCGGAGGAGCAGCAGGAGAAAACGACGAGGAAGAAGCAAAUGGAGCCCCGGCUGCACGAGGCGGGGGCCGCGGUCGUGGAAGAGGAGGCCGAGGCCGCGGAGGAGGCGCCUCAGCAAGAGGGGGGCGAGCAAGUGGGCUGAAAGUGUUUGUGCCGACUCAGCUUGGCGUAGCCCUUAUCCUGGGCUUCGACCGGAUGAGCUUCGAAAUGAGCCUUGGCAAGCCCUUUCUGCGCAAGGAGAUGGAGCUCCAGAUGAAGGCCAUUUGCGAGGGGAGCACGACGCGCCGGGCGGUUCUCGAGCAGAGCAUCGCGCAGUAUAAACAGGUGUUCUUGCAGUCGCAGGAACAAGUGGGAGUCCUUAAGCAGGUAAGUCAAAAAGCUGUUACUUUUCCCAAUGUUCUUUGGCAAGUAAUAAUCGUCUAA